UUCAGAACCUGACUGAGAUCUGCAGCUUAAGAGAAGCUGAAGUCCCUAUGGCCUUCCCGCUGGAGGCUAGGAUUCUAGAAAAUGGUUGGGACUUGGUUUUUUCUGCAAUACAAUGGAUACAAUUUGUCAUGGCUACUCUAAGUGUUAUAGGUUCAAGUUCACUUAUUGCCUAUGCUGUUUUCCAGAAUAUACAGAAAUAUCCAGAGAUAAGGCCACUCUUUUAUCUGAGCUUCUCUGACUUGCUUCUUGGAAUUUGUUGGCUCAUAGAGACACUACUCUAUGGAACUUCAGGAGACAAUAAGGAUGUCAUCUGCUAUAACCUGCAAACAGUGGGACAGAUAUUCUACGUUUCUUCAUUUUUCUACACUGUCAAUUAUAUCUGGUAUCUGUACACAGAGCUGAGGAUAAAACACAACCAGAGUGGACAGAGCACAUCUCCACUGGUGAUAGAUUCUACUUGUCGAGUUGGUCAGAUAGCCUUCAUUUUGCCAAGCCUGAUACCUCUACUAUUGAUGACACCUGUAUUCUGUCUGGGCAACGCCAGUGAAUGUUUCCACAACUUCAGCCAGAACCACAGGUGUAUCCUGAUGUACUCACCACCAUCAGCCAUGGCUGAACUCCCAUCUUCUGCCAACACAUCUGUCUGUAGCACACUUUAUUUUUAUGGCAUCAUCAUUUUUCUGGCCAGCUUUCUACUCAGCCUUCUUGCCAUUAUGGUCUUACUCAUCCAGGCCCAGAUGUUAUAUAAGAAGUUUGUGAAAUCAACUGGCUUUCUGGGAAGUGAACAGUGGGCAGUCAUUCACAUUGUGGAGCAGCGCCUGUGUUUCUACCCAGUGGUCUUUUUUUGCUGCUGGAGCCCAGCUUUCAUCCUGAUGAUUAUAAAACUGACCAAGCCACAGGACAUCAAGCUUUAUGUGGCCUUCUAUGUUCUCCAGGGAGUGCACACGCCCUGUAGCAAAAACCUCUCCAAAAAAAAUAAAAAAGAGAUGGGUAUUAAAUAAUAAUAGUAAUAACAACAAUAAAUAAAGCAAGGUCUGCCAGAGAUGUUCUUAUGAAACACCAAAUGUGACAGGAUUCAUGAUUCUUUCCCAUUUAGACUGAGUUGAAUAGGAUAAAUUAGCAAUUCUUGGUUAAUGGGAUGGGAGUAUGUGUAGAAUGAUUUUCUUUUUUCCUCCUUUAACUAGUAUAAGAAGACUUUUGAGCUAUCUAUGUUGAUAGGUCAGUUUUCUCAGGUAUAACCUGGAAAAUGGGGCAAUAAGGAGAAGUAUUAAAGCCACAUUGUUGUGCCUAAGUAUAUACUAAGAAAUAUGAUCAACUUCUAGUCAUCUAUAACAAGAUACAGUGUGAAAAGUAAGUUAAGGAGGAACUAAAAAAUAAAUAAAAUACUUACGCCAUAUCUUAAUGUUUGAGAUAGAGGAAAUAUAAGAAUACGUAUAAAUAAAUGGGAUGGGGAUUAUUUCCUGGAUCUCUGAAAACCCGAAGGAUGGGCACCAUCACCCCCUUCAUCUCCUUCAGGCUCUAACCACAGCAUCUCAGGGUCUGCUCAACUGUGGAAUAUAUGGCUGGACGCAGCACAAGUUCUACCAA